AUGUUGUUAUUCUAUUUUUUCCUUGUCUAUCUCUGUCAAUCAUUAUUCGCUGUUGAAUUAUCUAUCUACAAAAGUUUUACUGAAGUUCGUCAAGUUUGCAAUGGAGUCGGUACCUACGCAAAUCAAUUUACAAAUGCUGAUUAUGGAAAUGUAAUUGAUGGAUCGAUCAGUUGGGAAGGUACACCAUUAGCUCGACAAGAAGUCUACAAUACAAUUCAAUCACUUCAAGAUGCUCGAGUAACAGUACGACGAUCCACAGUGUGCGCAUGUGAUGCAAUUGAAGCAAAAAUUGUCGACCCUAAUUCAAUGUUGCUCCAAAAUUUAAAGACAGGAGCAUAUUUCUAUGCUGAUAAAAGCUCAAUCGAAUAUACAUCAGUACGACCAAACGAGGGUUCAACAACAUUGUCGCUUGAAUUUCAAACUGACAAAACAGAAUAUAAAGGAACAUUGUCCUAUUUAAUGAGAGGAAUCACAUGGACACCAAGUUAUGAUUUGUUGUUGACAGGCAACAAUGAUUACAAACUUCGUGCCUAUGCAAAUAUCAAGAAUAGCCAACAACGAGAAUAUACAGUUGAGAUGACUAAUCUCUUAGGUGGUGAUGUGCAAUUAGCUACCGAAUCUCCGAAUCCUAUUCCUCAUGGAUUUGAGGCUGAUAAGUUCUCUAUGAGCUUGAGACCAAUUCUAGCUAGUGGUGAACAAAAAGGUCUGUAUUCGUAUGUAUUGAACGACAAGUAUACACUUCGUCCAUCAAGUUCUAUUCGUUUACCAUUUAUUGAUAUUGCUGCCAAAUAUCAAUUCUAUUACAAAACAUUGACAAACAUCAACACAGGAAUGUAUCAAGGUACCUUUGCAAGAACUUACGAUUUAACACCUGAUCAUUUUAUGCCCGCUGGUAUUAUCACUAUUCGUGACAAUCAAGUACUUGUUGGUCAAGCUAGUUUGCCAGAUGUUCCAGAAAAUUACACACAAACCUUUACCGUUGGUCAAGACAAUGAUGUUCGCUAUAUGGUAAAGGGCAACUUGACAUCAAAGACUGAUGACAAGGCACCAGUAUCAUUAGAAACUUAUGAAAUCGAUAUUCAGGUUAGAAACUUUAAGAACAAAGCUGUCAACGCUCAACUUGUUCUCCAAGGAGGUGUUCAAAUAAUGCUUCUUGAUACAACAUGUAAGACUGUUAAUGUCCAAGGAAACCAACUCAACUUGCCAGUUGAACUCGAACAAGGCGAGAAUCGUCAAUGCAAGUUUCAUGUUACAGUGAGGUUGAAUUAA